AUGAAUACUUCAAGACUUACCAAGGUCCCUGAAAUCAUAGAUGGUAGAAGGAUUGUAAAUGCCCAGGAUAUCAACCCUAUGUAUGUACUCGAAGAUGUGCCCAAACACAUACUCGAAUGUGCCGAUGGGGGACGUGACACGAUUCAGAAAGCAAUUCCUUCGCCACCAGAAGGUGCAGCAUUUCUCAUAAGACAGGAUUACGAGCAAAGAGACAAGUUCAAUGUCAUUUUGCUUAAAGCUAAUGAAUCAAUUGAGCAUGCUGGGGGGUCAAGAACCGUGGUCAAAGCCGGAGAGAAAUAUAUGUAUUUUCAACCUCCAAAGAAUGGAGCCCCAUCUACGCAGGCUCACACUCAUGGCUUUUCGUCUAGCGCUGCUCCACGAAGUAGCAGUGGCCGUACUUCUACCAUCACUAGCAGAUAUACUAUCACUGCCAAAGGCACAGUACAGCAAGCUGAAUCGAAGAAGUAUACUGUCACUCCCGGAAGCUCCCCAAGCCCACGCAUCGUUCUCGGAGUUCCAGAGCCAGUUCUUCGAAGCAACCAACACGAAACUUUACUAUCACUCCCGGAGCCGCACCAAAGCCUCCGCAUCGUAGUCAAAGUUCUGCUAGUAGGUCUUCAACUUCAAAGCAAGCGCAUUGGACCAAGAGUGCUACAGAAGGCCCUGGAACUUUUGAUAAGCCUUGGGAGCCAAAGAAAGAACCUUAGGUAA